UGAUUACAGUAAUUGUUGAUGCCGAUAAGUUACAUGUAACCUCUCCAUUUAUGAUACAUUGUUUCUUUUGUCCACUUCUCAGUCUUUUAUUCCGUUUCUCUAUAUAAAUGUCCCAAGGGGUUACAUUUUCCCAUCUUGUGUUGAAUCCUAGCAAAUUUUAAAAAUGAAGCUCUUUUCGGGUGCUCUCCUGCUUGCUUUGGUUCUUGUGGUUGUUGAGGGUUUUGAUUUUCACGAAAAAGAUUUGGCUUCUGAAGAAAGUUUAUGGGACUUGUAUGAGAGGUGGAGGAGCCACCACACGGUGUCCACGAGCCUUGGUGAGAAGCACAAGCGUUUCAAUGUGUUCAAGGAAAAUGUAAUGCAUGUUCACAACACCAACAGGAUGGAGAAGCCAUAUAAGCUGAAAUUGAACAAGUUUGCAGACAUGACUAACCAUGAGUUUAGGAGCAAUUAUGCAGGCUCCAAGGUUAAGCACCACAGGAUGUUCAGAGGAGCUCAACAUGGGAGUGGGAGCUUUAUGUACGACAAGGUAGACAGUGUUCCACCCUCUGUUGAUUGGAGGCAGAAAGGUGCUGUGACCGGUGUUAAGGAUCAAGGAAGGUGUGGUAGUUGCUGGGCAUUUUCAACCGUGGUGGCGGUGGAGGGUAUUAAUCAAAUCAAGACCAAUAAGCUAGUCUCUUUGUCUGAACAAGAGUUGGUAGAUUGUGACACUAAACAAAAUCAAGGUUGCCAUGGAGGGCUAAUGGAUUAUGCUUUUGAGUUCAUCAAGCGAAAGGGAGGCAUAACCACUGAAACCAAUUACCCAUACGAAGCAGAAGAUCGAACUUGUGAUGCUUAUAAGGAAAAUUAUCCAGCAGUGUCAAUUGAUGGGCAUGAGAAUGUGCCUGAUAAUGAUGAGGACGCAUUACUAAAAGCAGCUGCAAAUCAACCUGUCUCCGUGGCCAUAGAUGCUGGGGGUUCUGAUUUCCAAUUCUACUCGGAGGGGGUUUUUACAGGACAAUGUGGCACAGAGCUAAAUCAUGGCGUUGCAGUUGUAGGCUAUGGAAUAACCCUCGAUGGAACCAAGUACUGGAUAGUGAAGAACUCCUGGGGACCUGAAUGGGGAGAGAAGGGUUACAUAAGGAUGCAGCGCGGCAUCUCUGAUAAGGAGGGGCUGUGUGGCAUAGCAAUGGAGGCUUCAUAUCCCAUCAAGAACUCUUCAACUAACCCUGUUGGACCUUCAUCUUCUCCUGCUAAAGACGAAUUGUAGACAAACAUUUCACCAUUGACUUCGUCUUUUGCUCAAACUCAGCUAGCUGUUGUUUCUGGUGUUAAAAGUUGCAUGUCUCAUGGCUUUCAUGAACAAAUAAUGUCUAAGAGAUUGGUCCUAAUAUGUCAAAUAAGACAGUCUGAGUAAGUGAAGGCGGAGUGUAUAUUUCAAA